GGGCAGGCUGCGCCGCCGCCGCUCAGUCCCCGCGGCACCGGGGGGGCAUCGGGAGGGCACGGGGGGAGCACCGCCACGUGUCCAGGACACGCGGGGACGGGCCCUGCCCACCGCCCGCCCCGGGCACGGGGCACUCGCCCGGCCGUGACGGCCGCCCCGGGACCUGCCGGUGUCACCGCCUGCCCGCAGCCCCGGGGGCCAUGCUGAUCCUGCGGUGCCCGGCCCGGCUGCAGCGCCUGGAGGACGCCCUGCGGAGGAGCCUGCCCCGCGCCCUGCCGGUGUACGGCGCCGUGCUGAACAUCAACCGCGGCAACCCGGGGGACUUCGAGGUCGCAGUAGAUGCCUGGCCUGACUUCGGCGCCGUGCUGGCGCGGCGCAGCGGAGAGGCACCAGUGGACGACUGCUACUGGAACCUGCAGGCCGCCUUCUACCGGGACGUGGGCGCCUACCGGGCCCUGCUGGAGGCCCCGGGCUGCCUGCGCUGGGAUGCUGCCUUCCACAUCUUCGGGCUGCAGGAUGGGGUGGCCACGGUGUCCCAGGACAUUGCAGCAGCCAAGGGCGUAGAGCUGGAGGUGUCUGAGUACUACACAUACCUGCACCCCGACCCCAGCACCCUACCUGAGCCACAGCUGGACCCCGACGUGCGGGUGGGCACGCUGAGCCCGGCCCACGCGGAGCUGCUGGACGCGACGUGGGCGUACGGGGGGAACGCGCGGAGCCGCCGGUACCUGGGGGAGCUGCUGGAGCGCUUCCCCAGCCUGUGCCUGCUGGGCCGGGCCGGCGAGCCGCUCUGCUGGGCGCUGAGCGACGGCUUCGCGGCGGGGGCGCACGGCUUCACCCUGCCCUCCCAGCGCCGCCGCGGCCUCAUGCGGGCGCUGACCGUCCUGGCCGCCCGCCGGGCGCUGGCCCGAGGCUUCCCCGCCUACGGGCACACGGCCACGGGCAACGGCGCCAUGCAGCGGCUGCAGGAGGCGCUGGGGCACCGCCGCCUGCCCGGGCUGUGCCGCUUCGUCCUGCACAACCCCGCCCUGGCGCGGGCCGCGCCCUGACCCCCCCACCCCGGUCCGUCCCCCCCCCCCCGGGGAAAAAACACGCGCAGGAAAAAUAAAAGCAGAAAUAAAGCCGCAACGCCCCA